UUCAAUAGACUUUCGUUUUUAUUAAUUAUUAGUUUACAGUUUAUUUUUUACCCAAAAAUCGACGAGUUUUCUCGCGAAUAAUUUAAAUCGUCCGCUAGAUCGGCUAAAUGGCUCCGAUUGAUUAUUAGUCUCCAGCGGAGAGUCUGAGGGAGACUCUCCAUAUCCAACAUUACUGAUUAUACACUCCCUCCACUCACCCGCCCCAUCCAUCAUAAUUAGUUCUUCUGCUACACGUCGGUUUUCACAGUAUAUUUUCUUUGCUCCGAGUUUUUUUAAUAAUAAACAAAACGUAAAAAAGUGGCAAAGAUGUCGAUUACUGGUCGGUUAAUUAUUAAUUUGCAACUACGAAACAUCGCACGAAACAUCGUGAAUGAAAAUCGCUGCUUGUCAUCGUCAUCCAUCAUAUCGGAAAACGUGAUGAAGCUGGAGGAAUCCGUGCAAGAGCAUGAACUCGAUACCUUUGAGAACACCAAAUCCAGUAACGACAACAACGUGUCUAGUACACAAGACGACAGAACAUUGCUAAACUAUCGCUAUGCGUACCCGGAAUUUUUGCCUGACCCCAACAUGUUGCACAGAAACUUUUUGAGGGAAAAGCUUGAGAGACAAGAUAUGCUAGCCAGGAGAUCAAAUAUUGAAAUACCAGAAUUCUAUGUUGGCUCGAUUUUAUCUGUCACACAUUCGGAUAAACACGCGCCAGGCAAGACAAACAGGUUUUUAGGCAUUUGUAUUUUCAGAAAAGGUUGUGGCUUGAGGCACUCGUUCAUACUGAGGAAUGUCAUCGACAAAAUGGGCGUUGAAGUCCUUUUUGAGAUGUAUGAUCCUACUAUUCAAAAGAUUGAAGUUAUAAGGCUCGAAAAAAGAUUGGAUGACGAACUAUUCUAUCUAAGAGAUGCACCACCAGAGUACAGUACUUUUCCCCUUGAUAUGGAGCCCGAAUAUCAUCCAGAGGGUAUGCCGAUACGAAUAAAUGACAUGAAGAUUACUCUGAAACCUCCACCCUGGACCGAAAGAUGGGAGAGGAGACAGUUAGAGGGUGUUGUUGGUGUUAUGGACCUGGUUAAUGAGAAGAGAAAGAUAAAAGCAGGCUUAAAGAUUCAUACGAAACCAUGGGAGAAGUAUGACCUCAUGAAAAUGUACAGAGAAACCAUACCUGAAGAAGAACAAAAAGCAAUUUUCUCAGAAAUUCAAACCAAACUACACGAAUUGGAAUUGCAUCGUCACAAGAUGAAGCGUAGCAGAUCGUUUGUAAAACCUAAGAAAACUGGUUAGAUAAAUUUGGUCAAAUUAAUGUCCCUUUGUAUAUUAGUUUAUUGUUAUUGAUAUUUUUAAUAAAUGAAAAAAUUUAUACAAGUCAAAAAA